AUGUUCGGCCAUGCUUUAGCUGAUACUGAUAGUGAUUUUGGUCAAGCGAUGAGUUAUUUCCAUUGUUUACUAAGAACAUUACCUAUCGAUCAUGUGGAACGACGUAAUAUUUAUUAUUAUUUAGGGCGCAUCUAUCGAUUUAUUGAGAAAUUCGACGAAUCUCUCAAUUGUUUUCGAUGUGCUCGAUUACUCGUUCAUCGUCUGUUACCAGAUAGAAUGUUUGAUUAUUGUCGUAUUUUGGGUGGAAUGGGUACUAUCUAUUCACACUUGGAAGAUUCUGAACGAGCAUUAAAAUUACUUACACAGGUUUUAAUGCUUCAAAAGAAAUCACUCCCGAAAAAUCAUACAGAAAUUCCAUUUCAUUUGAAUCGUCUAGCUCAUGCUUAUUUCAUGGUCAAACAAUAUUGCCUUGCACUUUCAAUUCUCGAUAGUGCUGAAAAGUUUUUCCAAACAAAAAUGUCUGUUGAUCACCAAGGAUACGCCUUCACUUUGCAUACAAUGAGUUUAGUGUAUCGUGCUCUUGGUGACGAUAAGAAAGCAUUGAUCCAUUUUCAAGAAACAUUGCACAUACGAUAUUCAUCACUUGGUAAAAAUCAUCCAUUGCUUGCUUCUACUUAUUAUCAACUUGGUCUCAUACAUUACGAUCGUGCUGAAUAUGAAAUUGCACUUGACUAUGUUCGAAAAUCUUUAAAUAUUCAGUUGAUCAAAUUGCCACACUAUCAUUCCGAACUGAACCUAUCAAGAGAACUUUUUCGACGCCUUCAGCAACAUCAAUAA